CAAGCAUCUUCUCCCUAUCAAUGAUCAACCUCCAAAGGAUCUCCUCACGCGCGAGGCUGGAGUUGAGCAAUGGUAGUGUGCCAUUCUGCUCGGGAUGUUUCCGUCGUCUGUAUUCCAAGUCGAUUGUCAGAGAGAACGACGUCGUCCUUGUGAAAAAGAAAAGUGAUAGUAGAGCCGGUCCAAUUCUAUCCAAGCCUCUUGUCCCCGGUGGAAAGAUUGCGGAUUUGGAACCAAGAUCAAGAGAUAGUAUCGAUGCGAAUGAUAUAAUUGGAAAAGGGAUACGAGACUUGGUUAAAUCAAAAAAGGGCACGGAUUAUAGGAUAUAUGAGCCUACGCUUGCUGAAUAUACGAAUUUAUCCUCUCGUUUGGUCACUCCAAUUUACCCCCAAGACGCAAACCUUAUCGUUUCGCUCCUCGAUCUCCAUCCUACCACGCCAGGUUCAAAGAAUGAUAUAAAAGGCGAAAGAUUCGAGAUCUUCGAAGCUGGGACAGGUCAUGGCGCAUUGACACUGCAUCUUUCGAGGGCCAUACACGGAGCAAAUACGCCAGCACCCGAGUUACCACCAGCACCAAGUCCUACGGACAGAUCAAAAAAGGUUUCCUAUUCAUUAUGGGAAUCCCUUGCAGGUUUGGUUGUCAAGAACAAGGUUGAUGACCCAUACGAAACCUGGCGUGCAAACCGGCGAGCUGUCAUUCAUACCCUCGAUAUUUCACCUGAGCAUUCAGCGCACGCCCAAAAUGUUGUCAGGAACUUCCGUCACGGAAUGUACUUCCCGCAUAUCGACUUUCAUGUCGGUAAACUAGAGGAUUAUCUCUCCUCCCGCCUGGAAUCUAAUGGCGACGAGCCGUUUCUAGCCCACGCAAUCCUCGACCUCCCUGACACACAUCACUACCUCGAGAUAGUUGGGAAAGCCCUUAAUCCAAAUGGAUGCCUAAUUACAUGGAAUCCUAGCAUUACUCAGACCAUUAGAUGCGUGGAGGUUGUGAGAGAAAAGAGGUUGCCAUUUUUGUUGGAAAAGGUGCUGGAGGUGGGCACAAGCGUUGGAGUAGGGGGGAAGGAAUGGGAUGUGAGAAGUGUAAAACCAAGAGCGAGAGUCAAGGCAGAGGCUUUGGCGAAGCAGAAGGCUGCUGAUUCACAAGGAAAGGAGAGUCAGGAGAUCGCGGAGGGAGGCUUAGGCGCAUAUCCGGAAGCUGAGCAGCAUGACAUGGAUAGCACUGGGGCUGUGAACACAGCAGAAUCGAAGGCAGAGUUAACAGCGGCAAGUGACGAUUCAGGAUGGGAAAUGGUAUGCAGGCCAAAGGUUGGUCUGAGGAUUGAAGGGGGAGGCUUCAUUGGCCUGUGGCGGAGGAUGGAACAGUAUUGAUAUGGGAAGAUAUGUAAGUUAUGUAAGAUACGAUAUGGGGCCAUUAAAUAGUUAUUGCAGAGAAUCUAUUUAUGCC